GAUAUAAAUAUUUAUAUAUAUUAUAAAAGUAUAAUUCAUUCUAUUAUAUAUAUAUAUAUAUUUAAAAAAAAAUUAAAUCAAAUUUGAUUAAAAUUGCAAACUUGAAUGCAUUUGCUUCUACCUAAUAUAUAUAAAAGAGAGAUCUCAAAAAGAAAAAGAAGUCUUAUGUAAUAAAAAAGUUGGCUAAGCAUGCGAGCUCUCAGUGUUGCGACUGCCUUUUGUUUCCUUAAAAAAUAAAAAUAAAAAAGGUAGAAACUAAAGAGAAAGCAUUGUAUGGUUUAAGGUUGGGUCACCUAUUCUCUUAAACAAGAAACCAGCCGCCUUCUUGCCUCCAGUCCACCCACCAUCCUCCCAGACGCACCAUUGCGACGAACCUCUUUCAUCGAUUGACGCUAGCUCUCCAAUUGCACAGCUCUGGUCUCCCUUGCUCUCAUCUCACAGAUCCAGGUGCCCUUCCCAUUGUCUUUCGCUAGCAGAGACAACAACACCAAUCACAACCCUCUCUCAGCCCGACUGUCGUCUUGCCUACUCAUCUAUAAUCACAUCACCGACAUUUUCCUCUAUCUGCAACCUUACAAAGUCCAGGCGAACACCCCACUCUACAGCCCCGUGACUCAUUACGACCUAGAUUUAAUUUGAGAGUGAAUAUAGCAGCAACGUUGUGCAAUCCAAGGUUAAAUUUAUUCUUGGUAUCUCUAUUAUUUUGACAAGCAGGUGAAGUUAUUAUUGGUGGCACCUAUGGAGUAUGAAUCAUCAAUUUAGGGGUUGUCUUUGUGGUUGAAUUGCUUUGGAAUCGAUUCUGGGUCUGUUGAGUGAUGAACUAUGUUGAUAUGUAUGUUUGUUUUGAUUAUCGUUUUGUUGAUUGAACUAGGCAGUUUGAGAGCUAAUUUGUGCAAGUUAAAUUUGGAUUUAAGCUCUCAAUAUAGUAUUGAAAAUUGGUUAUUCUUCAUUGGUUGAGUUGUUGCUUAAUGAGAUUAUAUUUCAUAUGGUAAUUGAACUUUGGAAGGGGUACACUAUUACUGCUUGUGUUGAGUUUGGAAUUAACAAAUUAGUGAUUUUUGGGCUGGGUGUUGUUGCCUAUUAAGAAUAUUGCUACAAGUGAUUAAACAUUGAGAGUGGUGGGAACUUAUUGCUUUGUGGUGAGCUUUGAACAUAUAGAAUAAUUUGCAUUGGGUUCAGACAACAUGCCCUCUAAGCAUGCUUGAAAAGAUCCACCUACACCAACCACCGUCAUUUUUGACAAAUCACAAUUUCCUUCUGGAGACCUUUUUACUCAAUAUACAACCAAAGUCCUUGGAAAAUCCUUAGUACCAAAGAGAUAUUUUAAGUUGUAUGAAGAGCAAUUCCCUGAUAUUGAAAGCAUAGUUCGUUCAAGGGGUUGGCAAUCGUAACGUAUGCUGGAUCCUAGACUUGCAGUCAUUCCUUUGGUGAAAGGAUUUUAUACUUUAGCAGGGCAACAUAAAAAAGGCAACGUUAAGAUUCCAGACAAAGUCGUGACAUUUAAUGAAAUCACAAUCAAUGGGUACUACAAGCUACCCUUUAUUACUGAUUUGCAGCAUACAUAAGCCUUUGAAUAUAUUGAUACCACAAUACAUUAACGAAAAAUCUUGGAGAAAACUAUGAUCACGACCAACAAGACAAUUUUUCAGUUAGUUAUUUUGACCGUUGGUCACCUUACCCGCCAAAAUUCAAAAUUAGUAGCUCUUCUUUGUUAUCAGUGCAAAACAAAACAGUCACUUCCUCCAUUUUCGUACUUUUCAAAUCUCAGCUUCUCUUCUUUCUCUUCUCCUAGAAGAGUUGCUAUAGCCCCAAAUGGCACUGUUUUUGAAAAGCUUCAAAGGGUUAUGUCCCUUUUCAAGCUUUGUUCCACCAUGAAAGAUUUGUACCAAAUCCAUGGACGCAUUAUUCGAGCUGGGUUUGAGCAAGACCUCUUUGUUAUGGGCAAGAUCGUUGAGUUUUGUGCGAUUGGUGAAGGCAGGGAUUUGGAUUAUGCGUUACUGGUUUUGGAUUCGGUGGAAAACCCAGAUGGGUUUCUUUGGAACACUAUGAUUAGGGGAUUCGGUAAGACUAAUCAGCCUGAAAGAGCAUUUGAAUUGUAUAAGAAAAUGCAAGAGAAAGGAGGAAUGGUAGAUAGUUUCACAUGCACUUUCUUGAUUAAGGUUUGUGGGCAACUGGGAUCAGAUAUUUUGAGCAAGCAGAUGCAUUGUUCUUGUCUAAAACAUGGUUUGGACUCUCAUGUCUUCGUGCGGAACACUCUCAUUCAUAUGUACGACAUGUUUAGAGAUAUUCAAAAUGUGGUCCAACUAUUUGUUGAAAUGCCCAGUCCAGAUUUAGUUUCUUGGAACACAAUUCUCGAUAGCCAUGUCUACUGUGAAAAGCACAAGGAGGCCGUGCAUCAAUUCUUGACAAUGCUCAAGAGUGGUACACAGCCUGACGAUGCUAUCUUUGUUGUGAUUCUCUCAGCAUGUUCUGCAUUGGGAGCAUUGGAUUUUAGGAGGUGGGUUCAUUCUUAUGUUAAUAAAACUCGAUUCGGCGAUGUCAUCUCAGUGUCAAAUUCGCUUGUUCACAUGUAUGCAAAGUGCGGAGCGUUAGAAGAAGCUUAUGAAACAUUCAACAACAUGAAGAGGAAGAAUUUGAUAUCAUGGAACACGAUGAUUCUAGCACUUGCUACACAUGGGAAUGUAGACGAGGCAUUGUCAUUAUUUUCAAAAAUGUUAGAAGUUGAGAGACCGAAUAAUGUCACUUUCGUGGGAGUUUUGUCUGCUUGUAGCCAUGGCAGGCUGGUCAGCGAAGGCAGAAGAUACUUUGAUAUUAUGAGCAGAGACUACAACAUUGAACCAUCCAUAAAACACUACGGAUGUAUGGUUGAUAUCUUGGGGCGAGCUGGGUUGUUGGAGGAGGCCUACCAAUCCAUUACGAGUAUGCCAAUGGAAUGCAAUGCAAUCAUAUGGAGAACUCUUCUGGUAGCUUGUCAAAUUCAUGGCGACAUGAAGCUUGGAGAGGAGGUGAGGAAACAUCUUUUGCAUUUAGAACCAAAUCACAGCAGUGAUUAUGUUCUUCUUGCCAACAUGUAUGCAAGUGCAGAGCAGUGGAACGAAGUUAUCAGUGUAAGAAAUUCUAUGAAAGACUGUCAAGUUAAGAAACCAGAGCCUGGGAAUAGCUUUAUUGGAGCUUCAUCUUCAGACCAGAUUUAAUAUGAAA